ACUCCGUCCCGCCCGGCCGCCGCCCGCCGCCGGCGCAGGCAGCUCAGAUUAAAGAAGCUGAUUGACCAAGAAACUGAGUCCCAGGAGAAGAAGGAGCAAGAAAAGGAGAAGAAGGUCACCGCCCUGAAAGAGGAGCUGACCAAAUUGAAGUCUUUUGCUUUGAUGGUGGUGGACGAACAACAAAGGCUAACAACACAGCUUGCCCUUCACAGACAGAAAAUCCAAGACCUAACCGCAAGUGCGGAGGAAACACAUGCUAAACUAGCCCUUGCUGAAGCCAGAGUCCAGGAAGAAGAGCAGAAGGCAACCAGACUAGAGAAAGAACUGCAAACACAGACCACAGAGUUUCACCAGAACCAAGAAGCAAUUAUGGCGAAGCUCACCAACGAGGACAGCCAAAAUCGCCAGCUUCGACAAAAGCUGGCUGCACUCAGCAGGCAAAUUGAUGAGUUAGAAGAGACAAACAGGUCUUUACGAAAAGCAGAAGAGGAGCUGCAAGAUAUAAAAGAAAAAAUUAACAAGGGAGAAUAUGGAAACUCUGGUAUCAUGGCUGAGGUGGAGGAGCUCAGGAAACGUGUACUAGAAAUGGAAGGGAAGGAUGAGGAGCUCAUAAAAAUGGAGGAGCAGUGCAGAGAUCUCAAUAAGAGGCUUGAAAAGGAAACAUCACAGAGUAAAGACUUUAAACUCGAGGUUGAAAAACUCAAUAAAAGGAUUAUGGCUCUGGAAAAAUUAGAAGAUGCUUUCAACAGAAGCAAACAAGAAUGUUACUCUCUGAAAUGCAAUUUAGAAAAAGAAAGGAUGACCACAAAGCAGUUGUCUCAGGAACUGGAGAGUUUAAAAGUAAGGAUCAAAGAGCUAGAAGCCAUUGAAAGUCGGCUGGAAAAGACAGAAUUCACCCUAAAAGAGGAUUUAACUAAACUGAAAACACUGACUGUGAUGCUGGUAGAUGAACGGAAAACAAUGAGUGAAAAAUUAAAGCAAACUGAAGAUAAGUUACAAGCUGCUUCUUCUCAACUUCAAGUGGAGCAAAAUAAAGUGACAACAGUUACUGAGAAGUUAAUUGAGGAAACUAAAAGGGCACUAAAGUCCAAAACUGAUGCAGAAGAAAAAAUGUACAGUGUAACCAAGGAGAGAGAUGAUCUAAAAAACAAACUGAAAGCAGAAGAAGAGAAAGGAAAUGAUCUCUUGUCCAAAGUUACUAUGUUGAAAAAUAGGCUUCAAUCAUUGGAAGCAGUUGAGAAAGAUUUCCUAAAAAACAAACUAAAUCAAGAUUCUAGUAAGUCCACAACAGCAUUACACCAAGAAAACAAUAAGAUUAAAGAGCUCUCUCAAGAAGUGGAAAGACUGAAACUGAAGUUAAAGGAUAUGAAAGCCAUUGAGGACGACCUCAUGAAAACAGAAGAUGAGUAUGAGACCCUAGAACGAAGGUAUGCUAAUGAACAAGACAAAGCUCAGUUUUUAUCUGAAGAGCUGGAACACGUUAAAAUGGAACUUGCCAAGUACAAGUUAGCAGAAAAGACAGAAUCCAGCCAUGAACAAUGGCUUUUCAAAAGGCUUCAAGAAGAAGAAGCUAAAUCAGGGCACCUCUCAAGAGAAGUGGACGCACUGAAAGAGAAAAUUCACGAAUACAUGGCAACUGAGGACCUGAUAUGUCACCUCCAAGGAGAUCAUUCAGUUCUGCAAAAGAAACUCAAUCAACAAGAAAACAGGAACAGAGAUUUAGGAAGAGAGAUUGAAAAUCUCACUAAAGAGUUAGAGAGGUACCGGCAUUUCAGUAAGAGCCUCCGUCCUAGCUUCAAUGGAAGAAGAAUCUCUGACCCUCAAGUAUUUUCUAAAGAAGUUCAAACAGAAGAAGCACUAGACAAUGAGCCACCUGAUUACAAGAGCCUCAUCCCUCUGGAACGAGCAGUCAUCAACGGUCAGUUAUAUGAGGAGAGUGAGGACCAAGAUGAGGACCCUAAUGAUGAGGAAUCUGUGCUGUCCUUCAAAUGCAACUCAUCUACUUCCUGUCCUAUUAACAGGAAGCUAUGGAUUCCUUGGAUGAAAUCCAAGGAGGGCCAUCCUCAGAAUGGAAAAAUACAAACUAAACCCAAUACAAAUUUCAUGCAACCUGGAGAUCUAGUACUAAGCCACACACCUGGGCAGCCACUUCAUAUAAAGGUUACUCCAGACCAUGUCCAAAACACAGCCACUCUUGAAAUCACAAGUCCGACCACAGAGAGUCCUCACUCUUACACAAGCACUGCAGUGAUACCCAACUGUGGCACCCCAAAGCAAAGGAUAACCAUUCUCCAAAAUGCCUCCAUAACACCAGUGAAGUCCAAAACCUCUGCUGAAGGCCUCAUGAAUUUAGAGCAAGGCAUAUCCCCAAUUACCAUGGCAACCUUUGCCAGAGCCCAGACCCCAGAGUCUUGUGGUUCUAUAACUCCAGAAAGGACAAUGUCACCUAUUCAGGUUUUGGCUGUGACUGGUUCAGCUAGCUCUCCUGAGCAGGGACGCUCCCCAGAGCCAAUAGAAAUCAGUGCCAAGCAUGCGAUUUUCAGAGUCUCCCCUGACCGGCAGUCAUCAUGGCAGUUUCAACGUUCAAACAGUAAUAGUUCAAGUGUGAUAACUACUGAGGAUAAUAAAAUCCACAUUCACUUAGGAAGUCCUUACAUGCAAGCUGUAGCCAGCCCCGUGAGACCUGCCAGCCCUUCAACACCACCACAGGAUAACCGAACUCAAGGCUUAACUAAUGGGGCACUAAACAAAACAACCAAUAAAGUCACCAGCAGUAUUACUAUCACACCAACAGCCACAACUCUUCCUCGACAAUCACAAAUUACAGUAAGUAAUAUAUAUAACUGAUGACCUUCACCCUCAUCCAGUCUAUACUGACAUUAUUGCAAGGAACUCAAUCCUUUUUAAUGAUCCCUCCACAUCCCCAGAAAGACUGACUGAAUUUGUACUUUGGGAAGGUUUAUGCAUGAACUAUCCAACAAGAGUAUCUGAAACUAACUAAGUGUUGCCUGUGUAGUCAUACCAAGUGUGCACUUACUGUAUAUCUUUUCAUUUACAUACCUGUAUGGAAAAUAUUUAGUCUGCACUUGUAUAAAUACAUCUUUAUGUAUUUCAUUUUCCAUAACUCACAUUAAUUUGACUGCAACUUGUCUUGGUGAAAUACUUUAACACUAUAAAACAGUAAAUAAUUUGUUAUUUUUA